AUCAAAUGACUCCGCGGGCCCUCUCACACGGGACCGCCCCUUUGCCUGGGUAGCUUUGGCCUCUCAAGGAAACGGCCCAAUGAACGUCAGCACAGAAACACAUCCCUCGUUUUGGAGAGGUCACAGAGGAACCACUUCCGGAACCUUGAGCACAUUUAUUCGGUGACCAGGGGAAACGGUAGUCAUGGCAACGGUUCUUCGCUUCCUCCAUCUAUGCGUGGGGUCACGUUGGGAAUGAUACCCGCGCGCCUUUUCGCAGCCAACUUUCUCUUUGGCCGUGCAUCCCGGAGAAGAGAAACACGUAAGAGGUUGAAAAACCCCGGAGUACUUUUUAGAUGAAGGCGUCUUCCACUAGAUUUUCAAACCUGAUUUGCCCGUUGGUUGGCACCUCUCACCUUCACAUGUCAAUAAGAAAGAAACCAUUUUGGGGAAAGUUUUCAAAGUGUUUGUAACUAACAUAAUUAGGAAGACGUCUUAGAAGCCGUGGAGACUGGCAGCUAUGCUGGGAUGAAAAUCGUUGUAUUUUAAGCAUGAUGUCAUCCCCUGAGCAAAGUGAAAUAAGCCAGAAGGCAAGUGUAGAUAAGUACGCCCAAUUUGUCUUAAAGUUCCAGAAACCCAUUCAGCCUUACAUCUGUUCAACUCUGAAUGAUUUUCAAGAAGAGAGAGACUUUUUGGCAAACUACAUCUUUCCUCAGCUUAACGAGCUCUGCAUUUCCCGGGGCACGUAUUUCAAAGCUGUAGACCUGAGGUGUGCAGCGUUGAUGGCCCCGCCGCCCUUAUCCUCCAACCUGUUUAGACAGCAUUCUUGUCUCCACGCCCAGUACCUGAAGCUCUGUCUCGACUAUGUGAACAGCUGCUUUCCCUUUCUCAUCUGCAUGCUGGGUCAGACGUACGGGGACUUUCUCCCUGACCAUGUGCCUUUACUGUUCUCCAAAGCAACUGACUUGUCAAGUUUAUCCCCAAUAGAGCAGAAUCUCUAUGUUGCUGCAAAAAAUGGUUAUCCUUGGGUCCUGGAGAAUCCCAACUACAGUUUGACGGAGUUUGAGAUCAUCCAAGCGGCAUUUCUGAAUAAGUCUCAAUUUCAGUAUUUUUACUUUAGGACUGGACCCACGCUGCUGAAGACUUUAGAUGAGGAAAAGGAGAGGCUGCUCUCAGGCUCUCUGAAUGAUGAAGAAAAAUUAAGGGUUGGCAAGCUUAAGGCCAAAAUUAUUAACAAAGGACUCCCUGUCCGAUUUUAUAAAGACCUCCAUGAGUUGGGUGAGCUGGUUUUCAAAGACUGGUCAGUUGUGAUAAAACAACUUUACCCAGCCACUUUCAUGAUUGAACAUAUGGACUAUAAGCACAACUUUGAACGUUUCUAUCAUGAAGAGUUUACUGAGAAGUGUAAGCAAGUGUUUGUAAUUUCCAAGGAAUCAAAUAGAACCUUUGAAAUCUUGGAAAGAUUUGCCUUAAAGGAUGUGGGAUUUGAUUGUAACAGUGCUGCACCUGGUUCCAGCUUAGACUCUCUUCUCAGAAUAAAUCCUCUUCCAGUUUACAAGUCCAUUUUGCUCUUGUCUGGAGAACGUGGUUGUGGGAAGUCUACUCUGAUCGCCAACUGGGUGAACGAUUUCAAAAAGAAAUAUCCCAGCAUCUUGAUGAUCCCUCAUUUUGUGGGCAGCACUUGUGAAAGCAGUGACAUCAUGUCUGUGAUACAUUACUUCAUCACAGAAUUGCAGUACAAAAACUACGGUACUCAGCUUGAAACCGAUGUUCUUAACGAAGACUCAAACGUCUUGGUCUUUCCAUUUCUUGUGGAAGUCUUCAUUGCUUCCAUCAGUUUAAAGCCCUGUAUACUUGUCCUAGAUGGAAUUGAAGAAUUGAUUGGCAUUUAUGGGAUCUCAGGACAGAAGGUGAAGGAUUUCUCUUGGCUGCCGAGCUCAGUGCCUGCUCAUUGCAAACUUAUCAUGAGCACCGUCUCCUCCAGCCUGUCCUACAAGUCGCUGUGUGCGCGCCCGGAUGUGAGGACCGUGGAGCUUCUGAGUGCAGGAGACGAAGAGGUGAAACUGAACAUCUUUAGACAGUAUCUCUUCAUUCCCAGCAGAGACCCCCUCCGACAGACCAGACACCCUUUGAGGAAAAGAACAAACCUGAAUCCUUUAAAACUCACGAUCCUAGCAAAUGAGCUGAGAGAAUGUAGAAUCUACCGAGAUGAGUAUCAGUGUCUGAAGGAGUACUUGGAGGUGGUCUCCAUUCAGGAGCUCUGGGAACUGAUUCUGAAACGCUGGAUUGAAGACUAUAGCUGGACUUUUCUGCCAAAAAGGGCCAAUUUGGACACUGGGGCUUCAGGAGAAGGUGUGCUCACUCCCGUCAGAGAAAGCAGUCCAUAUACCUUUCAGAACCCAACGAAUCACAGGAAGACACAUUUCCACCGAGUCUUAGCCCGAUACUUCCAGCGGCAGACGACUUUCUGGAGAGUGUACGAGGAGCUGCCGUGGCACAUGAAAAUGAGCGGCUCCUGGGGCGACCUGUGCAGCUUCCUCUCAAGCCCCAGUAUCACAGACUUUCUAUCAAAGAUCCGAAACCCAAGCUUCUGGACAAGGCUGCACCUCAUCUACUACUGGAACGUGUUAUCAGAAGUUGGAUAUGACGCUGCUGAGGCCUACUUGUUCACGGUGGCCAAGAUUAAAGCCGACAAGUGCCAUAAAGUGAAGAAGAGAAACACACUCUCAGUGCUGGAAUGCAGGCUUUUUGAGGUUACCACCACUGACAAAUGCCGAUUAAUGUUCUUUAUUGCGAAAUUUCUGAAGCUCGUGGGCAAGACCAGAGAAGCGGAAGAGCUGUUCUUGAGUGUCGAGAACAUACUUGUGCAGAGUCAGGCCUUGACAGAGAUGCUUCUCAGAGUACAGAACACCACUGGAGAACUCUACCUUGAAAUAGGGAUGACUCAGGAGGGCUUCCAGUACUUCCAGAAAGCGUGGUCCAACCUGACAGAGUUUCCACCCAGCGCCAUAAAAGACAACCAGGCCUUCCUGAAGCAGAAAGGCAGAGUGCUGAACAACCUGGCAAAGUCAGCCACUGAGAAGUACUUAAAAGAAAAUCACAUUUUGGAACGCGCUGCUGAAAUUUCCAGCUUAUUGGACAACAACCCCCGUGAUGAGGCUACCAUGAAAUACACCGAAGGUGUUCUGAUAUUUGUUGCUGGAAACACGUCUCUUGCAAAAAUGAGAUUUCAAGAAUGCUUAAAUAUCAGGAGAAGUUUAUUUGGUGAGAAAAACAUCCUGGUUGGAGAAAUUAUGGAAUUUUUAGCAGAUUUACUAUUUUUUCUACCAGAAGAUAGUGAAAGAUUCCAAAGGAAGCAAGCAAUUGAAUAUUAUAAACAAGUGAUACAAAUAAAGGAAAAUGCGGGGACUUUUGCCACCUCCUCACUUGUCAGGAAGCAGCUGAGCGUCAGCCUCAGUGAUACCUUGUGUAAAUUAGCAGGUCAGUUACUGGUCAGUGACUCUGGUCAUCACGUCAUCACUGAAGCAGUGGGCUAUUUGUACAGAUCGCUUGAUUUAAGGGCGACCUACCUGGGAUCUUCUCAUUCAUCAAUCCAUGGAAUCCUGCAGCUGCUGAGGGAAAUUGAAUGGAUCAGAAGUAGGAAAUGUUGGUCUCAAGGCGUGAACCGUCAGUAUUCUGAGGGUUCCAGGAAUGGCACCUCAUUAUGCGACCACUUGCUUAAAUUAAACUACCGCAGUGCUCAAAGUUCUAAUACAGUGAGCUCUGCAAUAUGCAUGAACACAGAUAAGCUACAGAGAGCUAAAAGCAUGGACUUGGCAGCUCAUACAAUUUCAGAUAAAUCAAAAUGUGCUUCCGGUAAAGGGAAAAAGGUCUUGAGACCCGUUAUUUCUGUUUCUAUUGAGAAGACCCCACAGAAGACACAAAAUAAUCUUGAGCUAUGGAAUGGCCCAGAGAAAGAAGCUUCACUGAAAAAACAAGAUUAUUCCUCUAAGAUCUUAUCUUUGGGUAAAACGGAUGGUGUCGUUAAGUUUUCACGGCAAAGGAUUUUGUCAGCUAAAGGCAAGAGUGAAAAAGGCCAAAUCACCACAAUUUACAGGCGUCCCUUGGUAGUAGGGUCUUUUAAUACAAAUAAUCCCUGGGAAUCCGUAUCUGAGUUCAUAUCAGAAAAGUGGCUUUUUCAUAGCCCAGACUACAGUUCAGUUUCCCAGAAGAGUUGUUUUGAGAGAAGACCUCAGUUUGAAACCAAAUUGUUGAAGACCUCACAUGAUACUAAUAAAGUAUAA